AUGGGGAAAGAAACAAGGGACAACUCUGACUGUUUCGAGCCCCAGCCACUUCAGGAUUGGCCCUGGGAGUACUACAUCACCAUGGUCAAGUGGGCAACCAGCACCAAGGUCGCCGUGACCUGGCUGAACCGGGCGCAGAACGUAUCCAUCCUUACCCUCUGUGAUGCCACCACGGGGGUCUGCACCAAGAAACACGAGGAUGAAAGUGAGGCCUGGCUCCACAGACAGAAUGAAGAGCCAGUGUUCUCCAAGGACGGCCGGAAGUUUUUCUUUGUCAGGGCGAUCCCCCAGGGAGGACGAGGAAAAUUCUAUCACAUCACCGUGUCGUCAUCCCAGCCCAAUAGCAGCAACGACAACAUCCAGUCCAUCACCUCUGGGGACUGGGACGUGACCAAGAUCCUGUCCUAUGAUGAGAAGAGGAAUAAGAUCUACUUCCUGAGCACGGAGGACCUGCCUCGGAGACGACAGCUCUACAGCGCUGACACGGUGGGUGACUUCAACCGGCAGUGCCUGUCCUGUGACCUGGUGGGGAACUGCACCUACUUCAGCGCCUCCUUCAGCCACAACACGGACUACUUCCUGCUCAAGUGCGAGGGUCCUGGAGUUCCUACGGUGACAGUGCACAACACUACAGAUAAGACAAAAAUUUUCGACCUAGAAACAAAUGAACACGUGCAGAAAGCCGUAAAUGACCGACAGAUGCCUAAAGUAGAAUACAAGAAAAUCGAGAUUGACGAUUACAACCUGCCCAUGCAGAUCCUGAAGCCCGCAACCUUCACCGACACUGCCCACUACCCGCUGCUCCUGGUGGUGGACGGCACCCCCGGGAGCCAGAGCGUGGCUGAGAAGUUCGAAGUGACCUGGGAGACGGUGAUGGUGAGCAGCCAUGGAGCGGUGGUGGUCAAGUGCGACGGCCGAGGCAGCGGCUUCCAGGGGACCAAGCUCCUGCACGAAGUGAGGAGGAGGCUGGGCUCCCUGGAGGAGAAGGACCAGGUGGAGGCCGUGCGGACGAUGCUCAAAGAGCAGUACGUGGAUAAGACACGGGUCGCCGUGUUCGGGAAGGAUUACGGUGGGUACCUGACCACUUACAUCCUCCCAGCGAAAAGUGAAAACCAAGGUCAGAUUUUCACCUGCGGCUCUGCUCUCUCUCCAAUAACAGACUUCAAACUCUACGCUUCUGCAUUUUCCGAGAGGUACUUGGGCCUCCACGGGCUGGACAACAGAGCAUAUGAGAUGACCAAAGUUGCCCAUCGGGUGGCAGCGCUGGAGGAGCAGCAGUUUCUGAUCAUCCACGCAACCGCGGACGAGAAAAUCCAUUUCCAGCACACAGCAGAACUCAUUACACAACUAAUCAGAGGAAAGGCCAAUUACAGCUUGCAGAUAUACCCAGACGAAAGCCAUUACUUCAGCAGCGCCGCCCUCCAACAACAUCUGUACCAAUCCAUCGUCAACUUCUUCGUGGAGUGCUUCCAGAUUCAGGACAAACUACCGACAGUCACGACGAAAGAGGACGAGGAGGAGGACUGACCACACGUCAUCUCUAAGCACAAACGUGGCUCUUUCUAUGACAAUAUGCAACCAAGGAACUGUCCCCUCCUUCUCCCCACUCCCCAGGGCUGGGGCGGGGCGGAAGAGCUAGUGUCCCCACAGCAUGUCUCAGAUACUGAGGGCAGCUCUGCUUCAGAAACAAGCUCCCUCCCUGGUGGUCAACACUGAUGACCCCGGCAGAGCCUGGAACCACUCCACGUCAGCAGCAUCGCCUCCCCUGCCCCACAGUGACUGGCGUGUCCCAUGGCCCCUCCCCCAGGAACACAGCGGAGGAUGAUGGCAGCCAGAGCCCACAAGGAACCAGCCCUUCCAUUCGAGCUAUCGAGCAGUAGCAUUAAGACCCACCCUGUGCGUGAACAGCAUGACAUCCUGUCUUCAUUACAGUGCCCUGGAAAGAAAAGCAGAAGCACUUAGAGCACAAUUGUCGUGACAGUGCGGUGUGCACAUAUCGGCUUGCUCCCGGCUGCAGUUAGGAGGUUCAGCCUUGCAAGCGGCUGCGCCAAGCAAACAGACUCUUUCUGUAUAAAGCAUUACUGUAGCUACGCCAGUGCUUAACCUUACAGAGUUCAUUUGGGUUCUUCUGGGUUUAGCCUACGCUCCAUGGUCUCCCAGUCACCGGAUUGUUCUGCUGUGCUUUUCUUUUGCUUUCUUUUCCUUUUGUUCCAUCAGUGUGUAGACUUUGCACUUUUUGGAUAAAGAAACAGCUCAGAAGCGGCUGCUUCUCCUCAAGGUUGUCUUCAGACUUUGUGGAGAUGCUACGAGAUGCUGGCAGCGGGGGCAGCGGGGAAAGCAUCCACUAGCACUCACUAAAAGAAAACACGUAAAUAAAACUGUUCCCACCAAGCUUCGUCAGGGUUUGGCUGUAGAUUUGCAGUGCUCAUUUACAUAUGUCCUUAAAACCAUCCUCGUCCUCCUCAACAAGCUGUCAAGUCUUUUCACAUGACAUUUGCUUAAAAACAUAGACAGACACGGCAUUGAUUCCACCCCAGGUCUGUUGAGUGUGCUCUGGUCACGACAGUCCCAAUGGGAAGUGCAGGACCGUGCCGGCAUCUGCCUCGGGUCCUGGGGAUGGUGCCGUUCCCUCCUGUUGCAAGCAGUAAGGUCAAUGCCAUUCUGCGUUAGCCUUGCAAGAUGUGCUCUGACAAGUGCACGGCCGGGGUUCCAGUGUAUAUUCCAUUUUGCUGUACAUAGAGGAAGACAUGUGCGUCAGGCACCUGUGCAGUUGCCGCCCGCCCCCGCCAGCGCCAACCUUGUGCUGAGCUUGCAUGCUGACACGCUCGGCGGAUCUGGACUCUCUAAAAGUGCUAGUUUGAAAUAUAUCAAUUACCGUCCUUUCUUUUUGAGCUUGUUGACAACCUGAAUGUCAGUACUGAUUUCUCUAGCUUCUGUUCCCGCUGGGAAUGUCCUUGACGUCCUGCCAGCAGACGAGAUGUGUCCAUGUCACUAUUUGGUGUUUGGGGUUUUGGUUUCAUGCACAUGAGCUUUGAAUGUCAGUUAUACUAGGUGGAUUGGAAAAUCUCCAUUGUGGGAUUUUUUUUUUAAGGGAAUACGUCACUCUUUGUGGAAAGGAUCAGCGCGCUGACAAACAGGACCGAUGUGAACACGACAUGAUCAUGCUUUUGCUAUUUCAGUGAGCUUGACCAACCGCAAAGCCAACUAGGUCUGAAAAGGGAAGCCAGCUCUGGCCACCAGCUCUGGUUGGAGGGGAGUGGGAUGUGGCAUGUGGCACUGGUUCAUCCAUGGAAUAAAACAUUAUUUUACCACUCGGA